AUGAGGUCUCAUGCUCUGUCGCUGCCUUUCGCUUUCUCCUUGUCUGUCUGCUUGUCCAAUGCCAUCAGAGUCCCGAUAACAAGGCACAAGCUGGACGGUCACCACCAGUUACGGCGGAGAGGUGGAACGGUCCCGUAUGCGCGCCCUGUUGUAGAUGCAGCAACCAGCUCGAGCGGUAGCAAUGACGGAUUAGACUUGACCACUGUAGAUGACCUGCUAUACAUUGCCAAUAUCACCCUGGCCGGAGCCGUAUACCCCGUGCAAUUGGAUACUGGAUCUUCAGAUCUGUGGGUGAAACCCCCUUCGAGUCCAAUCCCCCACACUAAUGUAUCGUCAAUUACUUACAAUAUGACCUAUGGCAUUGGUUGGGCCUAUGGAAAUGUGUCUUACGGCACUGUCGAGUUCGCGGGGGUCGAGGUCGCAUCGCAAGCGUUUAUGGACGUCUCUGACGCGUCAAACCCGGCUCUCUCAUACGGCGCAGACGGGAUCAUCGGGCUUGGCUUUGACUCAUUAUCUACUGUCGAUGCGUUAGUCAACCGAACUGGCGCCUCAACCGGUCGCACGUUUCUCUACAAUGCGUUUGCGCAAAACAAGAGCGAGCCCAACUUCAUCUCAUUCUCCUUGCAAGACGAUGCCGAUCCCGACGAUACUGUCCAGGGCUUCUUCUCAAUAGGUGAAUAUGACCCAAAGUAUACUGCUGUCGACAAAAGUUAUCCGAUCUCAACAUGGCCGGAGAGCUAUCCCACUCGAUGGAGCGUACUCUUAGACGCUCUUCUGGUAGGAGAUGAGGAGGUCACAGUAUCCUCUACAGUCUCCGGUGCACCCUCAAACAGGGCUGUUGUCGUCCUUGAUAGUGGCACCUCGUACACGUAUGCACCAACUGAGAUAUGCAACGCCAUCUAUGGGGGUGUGUCUGGUGCAAAUUAUGAGCCAUCUUUAGGCCAGUGGGUCGUUCCUUGCGACGCCGAGGUUGACAUUGCAUUGCAGUUCGGUGACUCAGUCUAUCCCAUCAACCCUCUUGAUAUGACGCCUCAAGACCCAGCCGACACUUCAAAGUGUGUAGGCACUUUCAUUCCUCAAACAGUGUCUGUAGGCGCUGGACAGUUCGAUUGGCUCAUAGGUGACAACGUCCUUCGUUCCGUCUACACGGUCUACGAUUUCGGCGACUAUGACUCUUCCGGGAACCGUGGUAACCCUUACAUCAAACUCCUCCCUCUCGUCGACCCCGAUGAGGCCUCUGUUGCCUUUCAUUCCAUCCGUGGCGGCACACCCGAAAAUAUCACUUACAACGCGGCCAACGUCUCGAGUGAUGCGUCCGGAUCGACUACUGUGUCGCUCUCAGAUGAUUUGGUCAGCUCGCUCAAUAGAGUGAGCACAUUCCUACCCGCCGUACUCGCUCUCAUGGCGUUCAACGCCCUGCUCCUCAUCGCAAUCAUUGCCGGCGGCGUCGUAUACUUCUUGCGGCGACGGAGCCGGACACGCACGCGUAAGACACCUGGACGCUCCAGUCCAAUGCCGAUGACAACAAUGUCUACGUACGGACUGAUGAGUGGUGACCCAUCACACGCAUACCAACCGGUUUCAAUGGCGCUAACUGAGGACUCAUUCGUUCCUCCUUCACCGGCAUUCUCUAGGCCGGGCUACCAGGGCGAGGGACUACGUUCACCAAGUAUCAUUGAGCGACCUAAGUCUGUGGCAUAG